UAAAAAAGUGGGGAUGAAGUCUGAAGUUCUUACAGCCCGCGAGCCCGCAAACUCUGUCGAUAUACAUAUAGUUAGUCACCGAUGCUGACGUCUACCGAUGCGAUGUUUACUUCGUUGUUCGUUAUAUUCUUUAAGAGAAGAGAGUUUCGCUUCACAAGAGUUCAUUAACUGUUCAGAGUUCGAAUAAGCAACAUGACUCUUCCAAGUGCUCAGUUUUUUCUUCCCUGUUUCGUAAUUUUUGUUAUAUCACCAAUAACCCAAGCCCUUGAAAUCUCCGACUGCGGUUCGAAGAUUGGAAAGCUUACAUCCGCAAAUUUAAACGGAUGUGAUAUGACCAAAGAUGUUUGUGAUUUAAUACGAAAUACGAAUGCAUCAAUUGAAGUAGACUUCACAAUUGAGGCGGAUGUGUCUAAAAUAUAUGCAGUUGUACAUGGAAUUAUCAUGGAUGUUCCUAUAGCUUUUCCAUUACCAAAUGCAGAUGCUUGUGAGACUCCUACUUCAGGAAUCACAUGCCCUGUAACUAAGGAUACAGCAUGUCACUACAGAAACACAUUACCAGUAUUAAGUAGUUAUCCUAAGCUCUCCUUGACCGUCAAAUGGGAACUUAAAAAUGAAAAUGGCGAGGACAUACUUUGCAUGCUGAUUCCUGUAAAAAUUAAGUAGGUGACAUUAAUUGGAUAUACUUUAAUUUCAUGUUUGAGAAAAUUGUGUAUUUUACAAAAGUUGUAUGAAAUAAAUACAAAACUUAGUAAUAAAAAAUGUUGUUCUCCAUGUUUCUUAAGCUGCAUUGUUUCAAUGUACAUGAUAUACAAAAAUUUUGUACAAUGUUUAUUGUAGUGAAUAAAAUAAAUAAGGAGCUUAACAAUA